UUUCAAAUAACCUCUCUCUUUAUCUCUCUCUCCCCUCGAUCUCCAUCUCUGAGCUCUUCAUGUUCACCUCUCUCUCUCUCUCUCUCUCUCUCUCUCUCUCUCUUUUCCUUUUUUUCACCACGAGCUCGAGCUGCUAGAGACGAAGAGCCAAUGGAGGAGAAGGUGGAGGAGGAGGAGGAGGUGCGGUGCCUUGAUCUCACGAGCUACCAAUUCCACGAUCUCGGAGAGGUCGAGAUCCCCGAGAGCAUCGAGGAGCUGGACCUCACGGCCAAUCGCCUAUCCAAGCUCGAUCCCCGCGUCGCGCUUCUCUCUCACCUGAAGAAGCUCUCGCUCCGCCAAAACCUCUACAACGAUGAGGGGAUCAAGCCCCUAUCCCGCUGGGAUACGAUCUCCGGAUUGCAUCUUUUAGUUGACUUUGAGAGUUUCCACUGCUUGCCACUCUCACCUGUGCUGGAUAGAAGUGAAAAUAUUAUUGAUGGAUGUACUUUGAUGGAUUGUCUGAAGCAUUUUACUGCUGUAGAGCAUCUAGAAAGCUACCAUUGCAGUCGAUGCUGGCAUAUCGCUGUCAUAAAGCACUUAUCUCUUAAAUCAGAAAAAGACGAGGUAAUUUUGAUGAUUCUGAGGCUUCUUUCAUCAACAUACAGAGGAUCGAAGUUUGAUCAUGAAUAAUUUGCUAAAAUGCAGCGAACCUCUUAUAUAUCUUGUUUUCUGCAUUGUCCCCUGAAAUUUUCAAUACUGACAUUUUACCCUGUUAAUCUGUGAGCAAUCAAAUCAAUCAAUCUCGCCUAACAGGGUCCUAAUGAAUAUGAACUGAAGAAACCUAGUUUAGCUUUCACAUUAGAUUUUGUGCACAAUAGGAAAGUUAGGACCAAAUGGGAGUGAGGUUCAUUCUAAAUCUACUUUGUACAUAUUUGAUACCAUUAAGUCUGUUUUCAGGGCUCUGAUGUUAUAUAUUUGUGUGUUUUAUUAUGAAACUGCAGUGGGUUUGUAAAGUUGGCUCUUUCUUGUACCAAUUAUUUCUACUUGUAUAAUAAAUGUUUGGUAAAUUAACACUA